AGAAACUCAUUUUGAAACUGCAGGUUUCCGGCGUGCACCGAUGUGUGACCUCACCCAUUUGAGUAGCUGGGGGAACAUCCCGUCAGCAGGUCUCACUAUGCUCUAUAAUGCUUUAUUCUCGCUAACGGCGAUCAUGUUUUGUCUUAGCCUUUUCCUCGCGCACAGGGUCAGUGUUUUAGAGAAAGAUUUUCAGAAACUCCGAGGGGACAUAAGUCAGCAAUUAAAUCAGCAACGUUCUGAGGGAGUCCAUGGGAAACUGGCCAAGACGUCUAAAACAAGGGAGGGCAUGAAGCAAAGUGUUUUCCAAAGAGCUCAGAGUUCUCUGGAGAGCUUUUCUAGGAGAGUAAAAAGAGAACAGAGCAGCUGCAGAGCGCCGUUAUCAUUCCUACAGUUGAGAGCUAACACUAACAAACAGCCAGAGAGAAGAGGAAAUAUAACUGUGAUCCCCUGGACUGUUUCUGCACAGCGAGGAAAUACAAUUUCACAGAGGGAAAAUAGGAUCGUUGUCCAAGAAGAUGGUUAUUACUUGGUGUUUGGACAAGUUUUGUUUCAAAGUCAAAGCACAGUUAUGGGUCAUGUCAUUCAAAGCUGGAGCUCCACUGAGGGAGAGACGAGACCCACAGAGCUCUUGCGCUGCCUGCAGGAUAUAACAGAGGGAGCUUAUGACAAUACGUGCUACACUGCAGGCACUGUGCACUUGCUUCUGGGUGAGGAACUGGAAAUGAUGAUCCCUUGUCGACCAUCGGCUCUGAUCUCUCUGGAGGCUGACUCGACCUUUUUUGGUGUCAUACAGCUAAACUGAAACAAGUUCACAUAAAUUAAUGGUGUUACUGCAGGAAGUGGGAAACUGCCACAGAGCCGUGUGACAGGAUGCAGAUAAACAACUAUCAGCAACAGGAAAACAGCUGGAAACUUUUAUAAGUGUAAACAAUAUGCACACACAGCUGGACAUUUAAUUUGAGCACAUUCAUAAUGUGGGAGAAAAUAAAACUUACAUUACAAAGGAUUUUUUUAACCAAAUCAAAUGAAUGUUUCAAUUAUUUGUAUAUUCACUGUAGAUUAUUUGUAUAUACCAUCGCACGAGGUUGGAGCACAGGCAGAAAGAAGGAUAUUUGACCAUUUCUGAUCACCCAAUCCUAAGUCUUCUCUUAUGCUCCCUUCAUUUCAGCUCACAGCACUAGUUGCCCAUAGAUUAACUGGGAGAAAUGGGGGAUCACUAAUUUUGUGUCCGAUCAACAAUUUCUGUGUU